CACAACUUGAACAUCUCCAGCCAAAAGAAGAGAAGUGAGAGUAUAUAUAUAUAUAAAAGUGCUAGCUGAAGGAAGAUGUCUGGAGAAGCAGAUCGAACGAGCAUUGAGGAAGAGAUGGACACAGGAAAGGAGACUGCAGAGAAGAACCUGAAGCUCAAAGACCGAAAGGUAUCAUGGGCAAAGCUACGCCGCGUAGAUUCUCUCAAUUUAGAAGCUGGAAGAGUUUCUACGGUUGCUCACAACCCCUACCAGAUGGGUUGGAGGACGACGCUGAUCUUAGCAUUUCAAAGCAUAGGGGUGGUAUACGGUGAUAUUGGUACAUCACCACUUUAUGUGUAUGCAAGCACCUUCACUAAAAAAAUUAACAACAAUGAUGACAUUCUUGGCGUCUUGUCUCUCAUCAUCUAUACCAUUGUGCUCAUACCUUUGCUUAAAUAUGUCUUCAUCGUAUUGUGGGCCAACGACAACGGCAACGGUGGAGCGUUUGCACUCUAUUCGCUAAUCUGUAGGCAUAUAAAGAUGAGUUUGAUUCCAAAUCAAGAACCAGAGGACAGGGAGCUUUCUAACUACAAACUUGAAACACCGUCUACUGAGUUUAAACGAGCCCAGAAACUAAAGCAGAAGCUUGAGGGCAGUCAUGUUGCGCGGGUUGUGCUUAUUCUUCUAGCUAUAGUGGGAACUUCCAUGGUCAUAGGAGACGGGAUUCUUACACCGUCAAUCUCAGUCCUUUCUGCGGUAAGUGGGAUCAGUACAUCUUUAGGUCAAGAUGCUGUUGUGGGGAUCACUAUAGCAAUCUUGGCAGUCCUAUUUUAUGUGCAACGAUUUGGUACAGAUAAAGUGGGGUUCGCAUUCGCUCCAAUAAUUUUGGUGUGGUUUUUAUUCAUUGGUGGAAUUGGCCUUUACAAUUUAUUUAAAUAUGACAUUGGCGUAUUACGUGCUUUUAAUCCAAAAUAUAUAUAUGAUUACUUCAAACGGAACGGCAAGGAAGGAUGGAUAUCACUUGGUGGAGUCUUUUUGUGCAUAACAGGAUCCGAGGCCAUGUUUGCUGACUUGGGUCACUUUAAUGUACGAUCCAUUCAAAUUAGCUUUUCUUGCAUCACAUUUCCUGCAAUAGUGGCUGCAUAUAUUGGGCAAGCAGCAUUUCUACGGAAGUUCCCUGAGAAAGUGGCCAAUACUUUCUAUGAUAGUAUACCGGAUCCCUUAUAUUGGCCAACAUUUGUUGUUGCUGUUGCUGCUGCCAUUAUAGCUAGCCAGGCAAUGAUUUCGGGAGCAUUCUCUAUUAUAUCUCAGGCCCUAAGUCUAGGUUGUUUCCCAAGAGUUAGGGUAGUGCACACUUCCAUUAAACAUCAGGGUCAGGUGUAUAUUCCUGAGGUCAACUACAUGUUCAUGAUUGCAUGUAUUGUGGUCUGUGCUGCCUUCAAGACCACAGAAAAGAUUAGCCAUGCAUAUGGGAUUGCAGUUAUUGGUGAUAUGAUGAUCACAACAACACUAGUUUCGCUAAUAAUGCUUGUUUUGUGGAAAAAGAGUCUGUGGCGAGUGGGUCUGUUCUUUUUGGGAUUCGGUUUCGUUGAGAUUGUUUAUUUCUCUUCUCAACUAACCAAGUUUACAGGAGGAGGGUAUCUUCCAAUAGUAUCAGCUAUGUUCUUGACGGCAGUGAUGGGAAUCUGGCAUUAUGUGCACAAAGAAAGAUACAUGUUUGAAUUGAAAAACAAGGUUUCGAGUGCGUAUUUGAAUGAACUGGCCAACAACCCAGACGUAAGGAGAGUGCCCGGAAUAGGACUUCUGUACUCAGAGCUAGUACAAGGCAUUCCUCCCAUAUUCCAACACUUAAUAGACAACAUACCAUCUAUCCAUUCAAUUAUUGUGUUUGUCUCCAUCAAGGCAAUUCCUGUUAGUAGAGUUGCAUCAGAGGAGCGCUUUUUGUUUCGGCAGGUGGAGCCGAGAGAUUACAGAGUUUUUCGUUGUGUUGUGAGGCAUGGUUACAAUGACGUGCUUGAGGAUCCUGCAGAGUUUGAGUCACACUUGAUACAAAAUCUCAAGGCAUUCGUUCAACAUGAGAACUAUAUGCUCGAGGUUGAUGGAACUGAACACGCAUCAGCUGAGACUGAGAUGAUAGCAGCAGUAGGUAAGGGUUCUUCCAACAGAAUAAUCCCAGAUCAAGCUGCAGCCUCAUCCGACUCCAUUCGAUCAUUGGGGGCCAGUGCGACCAAGUCAUCCUCUUUCAUUUCCCCACCCAUCCAGGGAGCUGAAGACGAAAUCAAAUUCAUAGACAAAGCAUUGGAGAAGGGCGUCGUCUAUAUGCUAGCAGAAGCAGAGGUAGUUGCUCACCCAUCUUCCUCCAUCUUGAAUAAGAUUGUUGUCAACUAUGUUUAUAGCUUCUUCAGAAAGAACUUUAGACAAGGCCAGAAUUCCAUGGCAAUCCAACGCAACAGACUUCUCAAGGUUGGAAUGACUUAUGAAAUAUGACCUCGAUUUCCAGUAGUUUCACUGUCCAUACAUAAAAAUAAAGAAAUAUGUACUUUGCUUGAAUUUUGUAUCUUUUCCACCAAAUCAUGCAAGUUAUAAGUUAUGUUCAAGAAAAAGCCUUCGCUCCAAUAAGCCUUCAAAACUUUCCAAAAUAUAAGCAAUCCCAAUGCCCAACAUCAUCGGAGUCGGAGCUAGACACUUUCACAGAAAGUGCCAACUUUGAAUCAUUUAUGUGUAUUGAUACUUUUUUUAUUUUUUAAACUAAACAAAGCUCAUUUCAUUGCAUUAAA